UUUGAAAAACACAGGCAGAGAAAACUGAGCAUGCAAAAGACAGUGAGCUGAGGACACUCUUGCAAGGACAGACCAGGAGUUCAGUGAGGAACCAGACUCAGUGAUGGCAGCUCAGCGGAAAACUGUAACUCUGCUGGAAGUGAACCCCACCAUCAGAAACAUGAAGCUUCCUGCUAAAGGAGUCCUGUUCAGCAGAGCAGCUGAGAUCACACAGGAGCUGCAGCAGGGGGUGCCGAAGCCCUUCAAGGAGGUGAUCUCAGUUGACUACGGGGACGGACACGCAAUGGGAAUGAAACCAAUCACCUUCAUUCGUCAGGUCAUGGCUGCCUGUUUCUACCCUGAGCUCCUGGACAGUGAGCAGCUUCCUGACGAUGUGAAGUCACGAGCAAAGAUACUGCUGCAGAAGUGCGACGGGGGAAGCAUAGGUUCGUACUGUGACUCGAGUGGACUACUUCAUGUCCGGCACAGCGUGUCGCGGUACAUCGAGCGGCGAGACGGGGGGGUACCCUGUGACCCCGGGGAUAUUUACAUCACAGGAGGAGCCCAGCGAGCCCUGCAGCUGGUUCUAAAGAUGCUGGUGCACAGUGAAGGUCAUUCUAAGACGGGUGUCUUGGUUCCUGUUCCCUCGUACAUAUGGUUCAACAGCGCUGUGCAGGAGCAGGGAGGGGUCAUCCUGCCAUACCACCUGAGCGAGGAGCAAGGCUGGGAGCUGGAAAUCGAGGAGCUGCAGAGAGCCCUCCGCACAGCCAGGGGGCAGAAGUGCAGCCCCAGAGUGCUGUAUGUCAUCAACCCCGGGAACCCCACAGGUCAGGUCCAGAGCAGGAAGAGCAUUGAAGAAGUGAUCCGAUUCGCUGCCGAGGAGAAGCUCUUCCUGAUGGUGGACGAGGUGUACCAGGACAAUGUCUUCAGGGAUGACUGUGAAUUCCUCUCCUAUAAGAAGGUUCUUUUCGAGAUGGGACCGGAGUACUUCAACAGUGUAGAGCUGACCUCCUUCAACUCCAUCUCCAAGGGGUUUGCGGGGGAGUGUGGUUUCCGCUGUGGUUACCUGGAGUUUGUGAACCUGGACUCCCAGGUGCGGAGGUAUGCUCAGCAGGUGAACUCGGUGGAGUGCUGCCCCCCCACCCCCGGGCAGAUCAUCCUGGACACCCUGAUGAACCCACCCCUCCCCGGGGAGACCUCGUACCCCUCCUUCACAGCGGAGCGCCAGGCCAGUCUCGACACGCUGGCUCGCAAUGCCUGGCUGGCAGAGCAGACUCUCAACUCUGUGCCUGGGAUCAGCUGCGUCCCGGUGCAGGCAGCCAUGUACUGCUUUCCCAGGAUCCACAUGCCCUCCCGCGCUGUGCAGCGGGCCCAGGCCCAGGGCCUGGCUCCGGACCUGUUCUACUGUCUGAGACUGCUGGAGGAGACCGGGGUGAUUGCAGAUCCCGGCAGUGACCUGGGACAGCGGGAAGGAACCCAUCACAUCAGGUUUUGCAUCCUGAUCUUGACAGAGACACUGCAGGUUGUGCUGAGCAGCUUGAAGAGUUUCCAUCUGAAAUUCAUGCAGGAGUUUUCAUAGCUCUGCUGCAGCCUCGAUCUCUCAGAGACAUCCUGACAAAGAAAACAUACCACAUGCAACAUUUCAGCAUCACUGUGUCUUCAUGAAGAGGUCGAAUCUCAUUUCAAUUGCUUCUUUCCAUUCCCCUCCCUGCUCAUGUAUGGUGUUUGCAAUCAUGCAGAGGGUUCUGGCUCUGUUACUCUCAUAUUGAGUUCUUAUCUGUCUCUGUAACAGUCUUUGCCUGGCUUGGCAUUUGCUUUGAGCUGGACUGGAGUUCCUAAGUAGCAGGACUAACACCCUUCCUCAUUCAUUUAAAUCAUGUGACAGUGCGCCCUUUCACCUCUGCCAGCCUCACCGUCCCUCUCUAUCUAUCGAUCUAUAUAUAUAUAAUAUGAGCAGGUGGGGCCAGAAGUUAAAGUCACAUGAUUUGAGGAAGGCUGCUCAGACCCGGCAUUUAAGAUUCUCCAGACACGCUCAAGCCAUGUAAAAGCAGAUUUUGAGAAAAAUUAUAAUAACUCAAUAUUGGCAAUAAUAACACAACCCAGAAGCACUGUGAAUGAUUGAGCAAACACCAAAAAAGAAAGGGGGAAAAAAGAAAAGUAAACUCAGAUUUGUGGUUACCUACUUUUAAGUAUUGUAAUGAAUCUCUGUCUACGAAUGCAUAGCCUACCCUUUGAGAGUUUGUAUUUCAUAUUCAACUAAUUUGCGUAUCUCCACCCGAGUCACGGCUAGAGUACAAGGCCUGGUGUCUCCUGCUGUGGGUACUCGAUGAGAAGGAGAGCUAGUGUGCGGUCCAACACUCUGUCACACUGCAGAGUUGUUUUCCUGAUAUGUAUUGUCUGACAUUUGCUGUUGUAUUGAGAAAGUAUUUCGUAUCCCUCUGACUUUGUCAUAUUUCCAGAGUUGAGAUUGUCAUGUGAUUGCUGAUCAGCACUUCCAAAUAAAAGGAGACUUAUUUCAC